AUGGAGCUGACCGACGCCAUGAAGCGCGAGACGACAGCGGCGGCGCUCGACGGCCACCGCGCGCCGCCGUCUUCAGGCCACGACGACGACAACGGCGACGCGUCGACGCGCCGCACGCGUCCGCUCUUUAGCGAGUUCUACGACGACUGGGCCUCGUUUGACGCGGCGAUCGCGCGCGCGACGGCGGCGCAUCACCCGAUCCGCAAGCGCUCGUCGCUGACGUUUGAAGUGUACAACCGCACGGUGUCAAAGGGGCGCCACGACCGCAAGAGCAUUGCCGACUUUCUGUCCAAGACGUUCAAGUGCACGCACGGCAUCAAGUUCCGCUCGCGCGGCAGCGGCAAACGCAUGCGCCACAAGCUGCGGGACAUUGGCUGUCCGUUCCACGUGUACGCGUCAGCCGUGGAGUUUGGCCCGACGUACCGCGUGAAGGUGCGCAUGCACGACCAGCACAACCACCCGAUUGGCCCCGACUCGAUGAAGAUGAUGAGCGGGACGCUGCACGAGUCGGACUACGAGCUGGCGACGACGCACGACCCCCGAGAGCCGCCGAGUCUAGUGGAUGCAGGUGCCGAAGCUGCUGCUGCUGUUGCUGCUGGUGGUGGAGCUGCUACUGUUGUUGCUGGUGAAGAGCUUGGGACGGACCGCGUGCUGGUGCCGGACGAGCACUCGACCGAAGCGGCGGAGGCAGUGCACGCGGCGUACGAGACGCAGAUGCAGAAUCAGAUGGCAGAUGCCGAGGCGCGAGACGCUCAGGAACGAGCACAUACCGAGGCAGACGCUCGGACGCAGGUGUAUGAUCACUACGAUGACGCGCACGAGCUGCUGGACGGUGAGGAGGAGAAGGAGACUGAGGUCGUUGCUGUGGCGACGAUAACGACAGAGGAGGAAGGACAGGUUUCGCAGCCUCGAUCGCAGACGGCAGUCGUCGAGGCAGAGCCGCCGUCUCAAGUCGUCGACGCAGCCGAUACUCUGAGCAGUAGUGGCCAUGACAGUGAGACGUUACUGGACCGUGCGAUGGCAGACGACGACGUGUUUGCCGGUUCAGCUGCAGCUUCGACGAGCGACGGUGGUGCUGUUACUGUGGCAGUGAACAGCACGAUCCAAGCGGUGGACUUUGAUGACGGCGAAGCGUCUCCUGCUAAGUUUGAACCGACAAUGACGCUUGAAGGGCUACGUAAACGCGUGGCAGAGUUUGCGGACGAACGGGACUGGAAUCAGUUCCACACGCCUCGAAAUUUGUUGCUGGCUCUUACCAGUGAAGUAGGCGAGCUGUGCGAGAUCUUCCAGUGGAAGGGGGAGGUCAAGAAUACGGAAGACUGGUCAGCCCGAGACAAAGAGCAUCUUGGCGAGGAGAUUAGCGAUGUGUUGAUUUAUCUAGUGCGGCUCGCCGACAAGUGCGAUGUUGAUCUGGCCGCUGCCUUAAGCGAUAAGAUCGCCAAGAAUGCUCAAAAAUAUCCUGCCGAGUUGGUCAGAGGAUCGUCAAAGAAGUACAAUGAGUACAAACGGAUGCGUAUAUCGGAGGAGUCGACGUUGUAA